AAUGACAUACAAACUGAGUAACCAUGCUGUGUGAUGUGUUCUAUUCAAAUCUUACUUACUGGUUGUUUUAUGUGACCUCAUUUUGUUGAUGACCACUACUGAAAAAUCCAACGACAGCCAUUUAGACCCAAAAUUAUAUUAUAAUCUUCUUUUUCUUCAGGUGCCAGCGUAUAGUCCACUGUAUGCACAACUUGUCUUUCCGCUUUAAAAGAUAAAAUUACAAGGGAGUCAAUCCGAGGUUUCUUAGUCGACAACACAUUUCUGGAGCUUCAGAGCAGAACAGCGUUGCAGCAUUCUUCUAAACAACGGAUGUCAAUGAUUUUUGUUAUCGUUGUUUUUGACAUUUUAAAAUGAGUCCCCAUCUAUUCCAGGGGAAUGUUUCACGGCUGUUUUGCUGUGAAGCUCCAUAAACGUUUUGUGGACUUUUAAACUUCACCAGACUUUCCAUCAGCAUGGUGGAGGGACUCGCUCAUGCUGCAAGGUGUGAUCUUACGUCUGGUUUGCAAGAAUGAUUUUGACACCAGCCCACAAAGUUUCCGUUGUGUGAGGUGGAAGGCUGACUACAAAAGGUGGUCGGGGGGAAGCGCUGCCAUCCAGACUGUUGAGCAUUGACUUCUACCUGACGACCAUGAUCCACGCAUACUGCAUAAUACUUCUCCUUCAGCUGCUCUCCCCUACUGGGGCUUCUGAGAGUGGAAUCGUGAAUGGCAAAGUCACAAAGCCUCAUUCCAGACCCUACAUGGCAUCAGUCCAGCUUCAUGGACAACACUCAUGUGGAGGGAUUCUUAUUCGAGAGGACUUUGUCCUGACUGCUGCACACUGUGAACAGCCAGAAACAAUGACAGUGGUUCUUGGAGCACAUAACAUAAGCAAGACAGAGAAAAGUCAACAAUGGAUCAAUGUGGCGAAGUACAUUAAACAUCCGAAAUACAAUGGAAAAUAUGAUUAUGACAUCAUGUUACUGAAGUUGGAAAAGAACGCCACGCUGAAUAAGUUUGUGAAAACUAUUGGACUACCGAGGAAAAAAGGGAAAAUCCCAGCCAACAUUAAAUGCACCGUGGCAGGAUGGGGCAGAACUGGACAUGACAAGCCCGCCUCAGAUGUGCUGAAGGAGAACACGGAGAAGCUGCAAUUCAACUUUGAGUGCAGACAUAUAUGGCAACAGUACUUUGAUGACGAUAGCAUGAUUUGCACCAAAUUCACCAGAAAGGCGGGAGGGGUAUGCCAGGGUGAUUCCGGCGGACCACUCAUCUGCAACAACAAGCCUCAGGGUAUAACAGCUUUCAUCCUUAAAGAUGAUUGUAACAAUCCCAAGUGGCCCCAUGUCUUCACUAAAGUCAAUGCCUUUAUCCCCUGGAUUAUGGAAGUGCUGAAGGGAAAGAGGAAUGUUGCAUGAGCCACUUGUUCAGAAGCCAGGAAUACUUCCCUUUCUUCACUUACUUACUGAACAUGGAUUAGUAAAGCAAAUAUUUACAAACAAUACACUUGUACCCUGUAUUGUUUGUGCUUUGACUCAACACUGGGUCAGUGUUAACCCAGUGUGUGUAGGAAGGUUAACAUCAGACCCAUACUGAGUCUACUGAACAUCUACAUAUAAUAACAGCAGCUUUUAUAGAAUGAAUUAUUUUCUAUUUUUCAAACAACAAAUUGCUUGUAAUUUAAUAAAGAAAACUAAAAAAUUCCAGCAAGAAUUUUUGGUAAUUUUUAACAAGCUACUUCCAAAUGUAUUUGUGCCCAUCUCUGCUUAAUUACGAGGUAUAAGAAGUUUUAAAAUGUGAGUUAAGACUCAGUGGUAAGCAAUAAGAACAGUUAAUGUCCUCAACUUCACAUUA